ACGGAGGUCACAGCACUGCAAUCACUGCAAGGCGAACCCCCGGAGGUUGCUCGUCUGAGGCUGCGCGCCACAGAGGUUCCCACGGUCCUGCUGUUGCUACCGCCGUCGCCGCUGCGGUCCGCCGCCGCCGAUUUCUGCACGUGAUGCCAAGGCACAGAAUGAUUUGGGAAGUAGCCGUGCUGCUCAGCUUGGUCCUGGGAACGGGGGCUACUCCCGAGGACGAUCCCGAGGAUGGAGGCAAGCACUGGGUGGUCAUUGUCGCAGGCUCCAAUGGCUGGUAUAACUACAGGCACCAGGCAGAUGCGUGCCACGCCUACCAGAUCGUCCACCGCAACGGGAUUCCCGACGAGCAGAUCGUGGUGAUGAUGUACGAUGACAUCGCCAACUCUGAAGAAAACCCCACUCCAGGAGUUGUGAUCAACAGACCCAACGGCUCGGACGUGUACAAGGGGGUCCUGAAGGACUACACCGGGGAGGAUGUCACACCGAAAAAUUUCCUUGCUGUGCUGCGAGGCGAUGAAGAAGCAGUGAAGGGCAUAGGGUCCGGAAAGGUCUUGAAGAGCGGCCCCCAGGAUCACGUGUUUGUUUACUUCACUGAUCACGGAGCUACUGGACUACUGGCCUUUCCUAAUGACGAUCUUCAUGUGAAGGACCUGAAUGAGACCAUCAAGUACAUGCACAAACACAAAAAGUACCAAAAGAUGGUGUUCUACAUUGAAGCCUGCGAGUCGGGGUCCAUGAUGAGACACCUGCCCACCGACAUCAAUGUUUAUGCCACGACGGCCGCCAAUCCCGACGAGUCAUCCUACGCCUGUUACUACGAUGAGCAGAGGUCCACGUACCUGGGGGACUGGUACAGCGUCAACUGGAUGGAGGACUCGGACGUGGAGGACUUGACCAAGGAGACUCUGCACAAGCAGUACCAGCUGGUAAAGACCCACACCAACACCAGCCACGUCAUGCAGUAUGGGAACAAGUCCAUCUCUACCAUGAAACUGAUGCAGUUCCAGGGUGUGAAACACAAGGCCAGCGCUCCCAUAUCCCUGCCGCCCGCCCCACACCUGGACCUCACUCCGAGCCCCGAGGUGCCCCUCAUGAUCAUGAAGAGGAAGCUGAUGCUCACCAACGACCUGCAGGAGUCCAGGCGUCUCGUCGAGCAGAUCCACAGGCACCUGGAGAGCAGGCAUAUCAUGGAGAAGUCGGUG